CGCUCUCACGACUCCGAAAGAUGGCGGAUGCUUUCGGGGAUGAGCUCUUCAGCGUGUUCGAAGACGACGCGAGCGCUGCGACUGGAGCCAAAAAAGACAAGGAAAAGGAGAAGGGGAAAUGGAAGGGGACAUCAGGGUCCGCGGAAAAGGCUGGGAAGUUCAUUAAUACUAAAUCACAACCAGAAUCAACUGCUACUGGAAAAACCAAGAGAGAAACAGAUUUUGAGAGUGCAGAUGAACCCACUUUUGGAAAGAAGCCCAGAGUAGAAGAGUCAGUAACUGAAGACUUAAGUUUGGCAGACUUGAUGCCCAGAGUCAAGGUACAAUCUGUUGAAACUAUUGAGGGAUGUACCCAUGAGGUUGCUCUUCCUGCAGAUGAAGAUUACAUACCACUUAAACCUCGAGUUGGGAAAGCUGCGAAGGAAUACCCAUUUGUUCUUGAUGCUUUUCAAAGAGAAGCCAUUCAGUGUGUUGAUAAUAAUCAGUCUGUUUUAGUGUCUGCACAUACAUCAGCGGGAAAAACUGUAUGUGCUGAGUAUGCCAUUGCAUUGGCCUUAAGGGAGAAACAGCGUGUAAUAUUUACUAGUCCAAUUAAGGCUCUGAGUAAUCAGAAGUACCGUGAGAUGUAUGAAGAAUUUCAAGAUGUUGGCUUGAUGACUGGUGAUGUUACUAUUAAUCCUACCGCAUCUUGUCUUGUCAUGACUACAGAGAUUUUGAGAAGUAUGCUCUACAGAGGGUCUGAGGUCAUGAGAGAAGUUGCUUGGGUCAUAUUUGAUGAAAUUCAUUACAUGAGAGACUCAGAGCGUGGUGUGGUGUGGGAAGAAACUAUUAUUUUGCUUCCUGAUAACGUUCACUAUGUCUUCCUUUCGGCUACUAUUCCAAAUGCUCGACAGUUUGCUGAGUGGAUUUGCCAUUUACAUAAACAGCCCUGUCAUGUUAUUUACACAGAUUAUCGACCUACUCCAUUGCAACACUACAUUUUCCCAGCAGGAGGCGAUGGCCUGCAUCUUGUGGUUGAUGAAAAUGGUGACUUCAGAGAAGAUAAUUUUAAUACUGCAAUGCAAGUACUUCGAGAUGCAGGUGACUUGGCAAAAGGAGAUCAGAAGGGGCGGAAAGGAGGAACAAAAGGACCAUCAAAUGUGUUCAAGAUUGUAAAAAUGAUUAUGGAAAGAAAUUUUCAACCUGUAAUUAUUUUCAGCUUUAGUAAGAAAGAUUGUGAAGCCUAUGCACUUCAGAUGACAAAACUGGAUUUCAAUACAGAUGAAGAGAAGAAGAUGGUUGAAGAGGUAUUUAGUAAUGCAAUCGACUGUUUGUCCGAUGAAGAUAAGAAGCUCCCUCAGGUUGAACACGUACUUCCUCUGCUGAAGCGGGGGAUUGGUAUUCACCAUGGUGGUUUGCUCCCUAUUUUGAAGGAAACUAUUGAAAUUCUCUUCUCGGAGGGAUUGAUAAAGGCCUUAUUUGCCACUGAGACUUUUGCUAUGGGAAUUAACAUGCCAGCUAGAACUGUUUUAUUUACAAACGCCCGAAAAUUUGAUGGGAAAGAUUUCCGAUGGAUUUCCUCUGGUGAAUACAUUCAGAUGUCUGGUCGUGCUGGUAGGAGGGGAAUGGAUGAUAGAGGAAUUGUAAUUCUCAUGGUGGAUGAGAAAAUGAGUCCAACAGUUGGAAAACAGCUUCUUAAGGGCUCUGCUGAUCCUUUAAAUAGUGCUUUUCAUUUGACCUACAAUAUGGUUUUGAAUUUAUUGCGUGUUGAAGAAAUUAAUCCUGAGUACAUGUUGGAGAAGUCUUUUUAUCAGUUUCAGCAUUACAGAGCAAUUCCAGGAGUAGUAGAGAAGGUAAAGAACUCAGAACAACAGUAUAAUAAAAUAGUGAUACCAAAUGAAGAAAGUGUGAUCAUCUAUUAUAAGAUUCGGCAACAACUUGCCAAACUGGGUAAAGAAAUAGAAGAAUAUAUUCAUAAACCAAAAUACUGCUUACCAUUUCUGCAACCAGGUCGUUUGGUAAAGGUAAAGAAUGAAGGAGAUGAUUUUGGCUGGGGUGUAGUGGUGAAUUUCUCAAAAAAGUCAAAUGUUAAGCCCAAUUCUGGUGAACUGGAUCCUCUAUAUGUAGUGGAAGUACUUUUGCGCUGUAGCAAAGAAAGCUUGAAGAACUCAGCUACUGAGGCUGCAAAGCCAGCUAAGCCUGAUGAGAAAGGAGAAAUGCAGGUUGUCCCAGUUUUGGUACAUCUUCUGUCUGCUAUUAGCAGUGUUAGACUUUACAUUCCUAAAGACCUUCGACCUGUGGACAAUAGACAGAGUGUUUUGAAGUCAAUACAGGAAGUCCAGAAGCGUUUCCCUGAUGGUGUUCCCUUGUUAGAUCCCAUUGAUGACAUGGGCAUUCAGGAUCAAGGGCUGAAAAAAGUUAUCCAGAAAGUAGAGGCUUUUGAGCAUCGAAUGUAUUCUCAUUCCCUUCACAAUGAUCCUAACUUGGAGACUGUGUAUACACUUUGUGAGAAAAAAGCACAGAUUGCCGUAGAUAUCAAGUCUGCAAAGCGAGAACUGAAGAAGGCGAGAACUGUGCUGCAGAUGGAUGAGCUGAAAUGCCGGAAGCGCGUCUUAAGGAGACUGGGCUUUGCCACUUCUUCGGACGUGAUAGAGAUGAAAGGACGAGUGGCUUGCGAGAUAAGCAGUGCUGAUGAGCUCCUCCUCACUGAGAUGAUGUUCAACGGCCUUUUCAAUGACCUGUCUGCAGAACAGGCGACAGCACUACUAAGCUGCUUUGUGUUUCAAGAAAACUCUAGUGAGAUGCCCAAAUUAACAGAGCAGUUAGCUGGACCACUUCGCCAGAUGCAGGAAUGUGCUAAGAGAAUUGCAAAAGUAUCAGCAGAAGCCAAAUUGGACAUUGAUGAGGAAACUUACCUGGGUUCAUUCAAGCCACACCUGAUGGACGUGGUGUACACGUGGGCUACUGGCGCGACGUUCGCUCACAUCUGCAAAAUGACAGAUGUCUUUGAAGGCAGCAUAAUCCGCUGUAUGAGGCGCCUGGAAGAAUUGCUUCGACAGAUGUGUCAGGCAGCAAAAGCGAUUGGAAACACUGAACUGGAAAACAAAUUUGCUGAAGGAAUCACCAAAAUCAAGAGAGACAUUGUGUUUGCUGCCAGCCUCUACCUGUAGAGCCAACCAGCUAGGAAUGUGGGAUUUUGAGUCCUUCGCCACCUUUCACCUACAAAGGUUUACAAGUGUUGAUUGAUUGGGUCCUCCCCUCUCAAGAGAGUCAUCCUCAAACAUUUUAAUAUGGAUCACAUUUAAAUUUAAAUCAAGCAUCAUUCCAAGAAAGCAUAUUAUACAUUUGUACAUAAGCAUUACAUUUUUAAUAAAAAAUGUGCAGGUG